AUGGGGAAAUCGAAAAAAGGAGAAGAAGUUGAUGCGAAAUGUUCUAUUGAGGAUGAUAUUCCUUUGACAACGACUUUAUUGAACUUAAGAAACAAAAAGAAGAAAGAGAAAGAAAUUACACCAACAAUUGAUGCGGAUUUGUUGGAAGAUAUCAACAAAGAAAUUUCAGAAACGGAAGAAGAAGAAGAGAGCGAACUUUCCAAACAAAGGAAAGCAUUGCAAGAACAACAGAAGAUGGUGCAAGCACUUCAGGAAAAGCUGCUACAACAGGAAAAGCAGCUGGAUCUGAUUGAACAAAAAAAGAAGGGUGGAGAAGGACAAAAAAAUUCCAGCAAAGAUCCUGAAAAGCAGGAAGAAACUGAAAAGAAAGAGCAUGAAGUAAAAGUGCAUGAAGAAGUGAAAGAACCUGAAAAAGAGGAGGCUGAGGUAAAAGUUCCAGAAGAGCUGGAUGAACCAGAAAGAAAAGAAAAGAAAACGAACUUAAAAAUUACUUUGAGAAAGAAAAAAGACGGAGAAGAAGCUGGUGAGGAACCUGAAAAAGCAAAGGGGAAGUCUAGGAAAUCAAUACCAAACAGGAAAAGGACAAGAAGUCAAUUGCUGAAAGAAGAAUUUCCCGAUCUUAUAAAAGAGGUAAAGCAGGAAUUGGAAGAGGCACAUAAGAAGAAGAGCUUGUUGCCUGCUGAGAAAAUUUCAACAAAAAAAGUUGCACCAAAUGCUAAGAAGGGGAAUGGAGUUACUUUGAAAAAGACUACAGCAAAUAAGAGGGGUAGCAAAGUUAAUCAGAUAGUUGUGAGGGAGGUUUAUGAAGACGAGGAAGAUGAAGAAGGAGGUGAAGAAGAAGGUGAAGAAGUAGAAGAGGAAAGUGAACCCUUAAUGAAGAAGGGGAAAAAAGUAGUUGAGAAGAGAGCAACAAGAAGUAAACAAAUUGUUGUUUCUGAUGAGGUCAUGGAGGUGGUGGAUGAUUUUGGAAACACUUCCCUAAAAAACCAUAAACCAAAAAAAUAG